CAAAUUUACUUAAUUUUGAUAAUAUUUUUAAUAUCAAUGAAGAUAAAGAGGUUGACAUGAAUGAAACUGUUGAUAAUGAUCCUGAAAAGACAUUAAUAACUAAGAAAGCUAAAACCUAUUAUUUUUUAGUGAAUAUAUAUGAAAAUUGGAUCAAAAACCUUGAAAAA